UCUGCCAACCAAGCAGGAAAUUUCUUUCCCGGAUAGAGACAAGCGUCAAGACAUUACGAUGGAGUCUGAUAAACCAACAGAAUUAACUGGUGUUGACUUGCCUGAACCCGAAGAGAAGAGGUGUGAAGGUAACCGCCUCCCUGAGCUGCGGCUGGUCCUGCUAGGCUGGAGAUGGCCAGGGAAAAGUUUGACCGGUAAUACCAUUCUUGGCCGAGAAGAGUUCCAUUUGGAACGUGCGGCCGAGUUCUCAGUGAAGCGUGAAACUGAGGUGGAUGGACGCAAGGUGACCAUAGUGGACACACCUGGCUGGUUCUCAGCCCAGGCCACACCUAUGAUGUACCAAAAGGAAAUGUUGCGCAGUGUCAGCAUGUGUUCACCUGGGCCGCAUGCUUUCCUGCUGGUGGUACCCGUGGGCAUGUUCACAGAAACGGAUAGGGUCCGCAUAGAGGAGAACCUGGCGCUGUUCGGGGAGGACGUGUGGAAGCACACCUUGCUGGUGUUCACGUGGGCUGAGAUACUGAAGCAGAAGACCAUCGAGAGGCACAUCCGCAGGGAGGGGCGUGAGCUUCAGUGGGUGGUGGACAAAUGCAAGAAAAGAUACUGUGUCAUCAACAACCACAUCUUCGGUGACCACCGUCAGCUUCCAAGUCUAAUGGAGAAUAUUGAGAAGCUGGUGGCAGAGGAGGCAGGGCCCUUCAGACCACAGACCGAAGAGAACACAGCCCAGAGUCAGACUAGUCUGAAAGCAAAUAAUGAGAACCUGAACCCAAAUGCUGCGAAAGAGGAGCGGGAGCUAGGGGCCAGGCCCAAACGCAACUGUUCCUUCAGUUUGCUGCAGCCUGGGAAUGAAGAUGGCCCUCAGAGUAAAUCUGAUCGAGGGAGUGUCUGACUGAAGGCUUUAGGAACAGCGAGUAAACUACUGCUGGUUCAUUCUGUACCUCAGCCCUAUGUCAUUGGCUCAAUGCAGCUGGCUUUAGGAAAUUACAUUGUGAUAUUUAUUUACUGAAAAUUGGUUCUCUAUAUUUGCACUAAUUGAUGACAUCUGGCUGUUAUUAGAUAUUAUUUAAGUUAUUAUAACACACAGAUAAGAAUUAGAACCUCCAACGUGUAUUGUUAGUUUAUAGAAAAAUGCUUAUUUCAGAUAUGUCUGGAAUGGUUAUUUUGACAUUGUUUUAUUAUACUCCUGUGUUUACUUGAGCUCUCAGUUAUAAAAUAUAAAGGUAGCGACCAAAUGAUUAUUUUAGAUUACUAAUGAUGAAUCUGCAUAGACUAGGAAAUCAACAAUUUCUGAAUUUGGAGUUUUUCUGCUACGUUAAUCAAUAACGUUAUAUCAAAACUGUGACAGUAGAGACUUGUUUUUGUGUGUUUUUGAUGGUAGUUUUCAGUGUAAAAUAUGAUUAGGUUUUGUUUUGUUCUUAAGUUAGAACUUUAUUGAUCCUGUGGGAAAUUCCAGUUUAUUCUUUUGCUUCUUGCUGCUUUGUUUUACUGAGAAUCUGAGAAGACCAGUCCUAAUUUAUAGGACACUAAUCUAUAGCUUCUGUAGCUGUUAUAUCAAACUGUUAGCAUUUAACUGAAUUUGGUAAGCUACAUAAUUUGGAAUUAAAUUAACUCUAAAACCUGGCAUCAAUAUAUAAUGUGUGGAGACAUUCCAUAUUAACAACAAAGUGAAGCUUAUUAAAUACUAACCAUUAUGUUUUACCAUAAAGUGCGAAGAACUCGGGUGGAAUGUAAUCUGACCUCAUCGCUAUAGCUGUAUAUACAUUGCUCAAAAAUACAUUUUGAAUAAUUGUUAAAAUAUAACCUGAAGUGACCUAUAACUUGUUCAUAUACCUUAGUCAAGAAUGGAUGCUAUGUUUUUUUGCAGGAGAGGGUUUUAAUUAUAUUGAAAGUUCACUUACAAAGGCAGUGUAAUUAUCAUAUAAUUUCGAUUUUGUGACUGGUCUAGUCAGUUGCAUAUGAGCAAGGAUCAGCAGCACUGUGACCUUUAAAAUCAUUAUACCACCAUUAAACUAACAUGGUUUUGUUAGUCUCUUAGUAAACAUGAAUGUCAUUGCUCUUACAGCAAAACCUGGUAACUCUGAAGCAACAACCUUUUAUUUUCAGAUGUUGGCUUUUAUGGUUGGGGAGCCUUGUAGAGGUGGAGAAGUUGUGAUUUUACUUCAUUCACAUGUGAAAAGCAAAAUUGAAAUGACCGUGAUAACAUUUAAUAGCUACAGUAAAUGGGAUAAAUGGGGUAGGUAGGUGAGCUUGUCCUGUUAUUCCAGAUAUUUGUGUUUAAUAUACAUUAUAUAGUCUGUGAUCUAACUGUAGAUUGUAUGAGGCAGUGGGUGUUUGAGGAGGUGUAGAGAUCUGUGUAAUUUUCACUUUUAGUACCCACUACAACCACAUUAGGUAAGCUGCACUACACAGUAUACAGUGUACAUAGUAGUGGCUAUGUUGACAUGUUUUUCACAACUGUUGCUUUACCUUGAAACAGAUUUAUGCCUGUAAGUGAUUUUUUUCUAUCAAUAGCUGUUUUUCUAAUAAGAUGUAUAUUUUAUGAUUAAAAGAAAUUCUAAAGCA